AUGGGGGAGAUGGUGUCAGUAAUUAACACUGUGGACACUUCCCAUGAGGACAUGAUUCAUGAUGCCCAGAUGGACUACUACGGCACCCGCCUGGCAACCUGCUCGUCAGACAGGUCCGUCAAGAUCUUCGACGUUCGCAACGGGGGGCAGAUCCUCGUCGCCGACCUCAGAGGCCAUGAAGGUCCCGUGUGGCAGGUGGCCUGGGCCCACCCCAUGUAUGGCAAUAUACUCGCGUCCUGCUCCUACGACCGGAAGGUCAUCAUCUGGAAAGAGGAGAACGGCACGUGGGAGAAGACACACGAGCACACGGGACACGACUCCUCGGUAAACUCUGUGUGCUGGGCUCCCCACGACUAUGGCCUCAUUCUGGCCUGCGGCAGCUCAGAUGGAGCCAUCUCCCUGCUGACCUACACCGGGCUGGGCCAGUGGGAAGUCAAGAAGAUCAACAAUGCUCACACUAUUGGCUGCAAUGCGGUCAGCUGGGCCCCUGCUGUCGUGCCUGGGAGCCUCAUAGACCAGCCAUCUGGGCAGAAGCCCAACUACAUCAAGAAGUUUGCAUCAGGAGGCUGUGACAACCUCAUCAAACUGUGGAAGGAGGAGGAGGACGGCCAGUGGAAGGAAGAGCAGAAGUUGGAAGCCCACAGUGACUGGGUUCGAGAUGUGGCCUGGGCCCCCUCCAUCGGCCUGCCUACCAGCACCAUUGCCAGCUGCUCUCAGGAUGGUCGAGUGUUCAUUUGGACCUGUGAUGAUGCCUCUGGCAAUACAUGGUCUCCCAAACUGCUGCACAAGUUCAACGAUGUUGUAUGGCAUGUCAGCUGGUCCAUCACAGCCAAUAUCCUAGCGGUCUCAGGCGGAGACAAUAAGGUGACCCUGUGGAAGGAGUCGGUCGACGGGCAGUGGGUGUGCAUCAGUGACGUCCACAAGGGCCAGGGGCCCGUGUCCACGCCUGCCACAGAGGGACAGCAGAACGAGCAGUGA